AUGUCUCCUCAGUACAAGGCUCCUAGCGCUGGCACCAAGGUCGAGCCUGGUUCCGCAGCUCCCACUCGUAGCGAAGCCACCGGCCCCGUCCCCGACGGCUCCCUCGCAGCCGAGUCCGCCAGCCACGGCGGCGAGUUCGCCAACAACCGCGGCGUCGACGCCUCCAACCCUUCCUCUUUCAACAACAACGGUUCUUCGAGAACCGGCACCGGCGCUGCUCCCGGGUCCGGCGCCUCAUCGAUCCCCGGUCAGGCCGGCACGGCGCCGUCUUAUGUGAACAACCAGUACAUCCGCGACCCCAACGGCCCCCACGGCAAGAACAUCACCGAGGGCUUCGACACCAAGAACACCAAGGAUGGCGUCCAGGCGGCGUUCAACGCCGAGGUCGGCAGCGAGAACGACCCCGGCCGUGUGGCGGAGCAGGGCUUCCAGAAGGUCCAGACCAAGGCCGGUCGCGAUGCCGGCCCCAGACAGGCCGAAGUCGACGGCCAGAGUGUGUUUGAGAACUUGAAGAGCGAUGUUCAGGCAUAA